AUGAUAGCAGGCCAUACAUGCGAUGAUCGUCGACUCUGGAUUUCUACGAUGAGGAAGCAAUGUACAACGUCUCCAAAAUCAAUGGGCAUCAGGUGGAGACGGGUAUGGCGGCCGUUCCUGACGAUCAUCCGUGCUGGUGACGAUGGUUUCGUUUACGCGAACGGCCGAACGUCCACAGAACGUCAAAGUCAGCCUCUUCGUCUGCUGGCUCGCGACCCGCCACCCCCAUGUACAACUAAUUGA